AUGUCUACACUAGAAUCCACAGAUACCAACCAUGACACAAAACACGAUGAUGAUAAACCUCAAUCAGACUCCUUCCAUGUCGAAGUCCUCAAACCCCAAGCCGAUAUAGACGAUAUCGAAAAUACCGGCACCGGUCGAUUCAUCUGGCUGGUCGCCUGCACUGCUUCCAUUGGUGGCAUGCUUUUCGGCUACGAUACCGGCAUCAUCUCCGCCGUGCUCGUCUACCUCUACGAAGACCUCGGCCAUGCCCUUUCCCCGAGUGAGAAGGAGAUGGUGACUGCCCUAUGCUCGGCUGGCGCAUUCGUGGGGUCCGUCAUUGCUGGCUUAACUGCGGAUCAAUAUGGCCGGAAGAGUGCCAUCUACGUUGGAUGUGCUUUGUUCACUAUCGGUGCUGUCAUCCAAGGAGCUGCGUACUCGAUCGCACAGAUGGCCGUGGGUAGAUUGGUGGUUGGAUUCGGUGUUGGGUCGGCAGCGAUGAUUGUGCCCAUGUAUAUUGCGGAAUUGGCACCGACAAAGCAUCGUGGCCGGAUGAUUGGGUUGAAUAAUGUUAGUAUCACCGGAGGACAGGUGAUCAGCUAUGGAAUUGGGGCUGCGUUUGCCAACGUGCCUCAUGGAUGGCGAUACAUGGUUGGUCUGGGAGGCAUUCCGAGUAUAAUCCUCGCCAUCUGUCUUCCAUUCUGUCCUGAAUCUCCCCGUCAGUUGAUCUACCACGACAAACAUGACGAGGCGAGACAUAUCCUACAGCGCAUCUUCAGAAAUGCAACGCCCGAACAGGUCGCAUUGAAGGUGCAGCAAAUCGAAGACGCGGUCCAGGAAGCCCGUUCCUUCAAUGAAGGACGCAGUCGAUUCCAGAUGAUCAAACAGCUGCACACGAACCCGGCUUACUUCCGUGCUCUCGUUUGCGCAUGUGGCCUGAUGGUGGUAUCUCAAAUGUCCGGCUUCAACACCCUCAUGUACUACUCGUCCACUCUCUUUUCCAUCGUCGGAUUCUCCAACCCCGUGGCUGUUGGUCUCGUCGUCGCUGGUACGAAUCUGGUCAUGACAUUCGUCAAUAUGAUGGUCGUUGAUCCUUGGGGCCGACGUCGCGUUCUCGUAUCCACCGUCUGGGGCAUGUCGGCUGGUAUGAUUGCUAUUGCAGUCGCGUUCAAGUUCAUCCCCGUCAAUCUGGACACACUCGAAGUCACCGACCCCAACGUUUCCGGCCCGGCCAUUGUGGUUCUCGUCUUCAUCAUUUGGUAUGUCAUCUUUUACGGCGUGUCCGUUGGCAAUACAGCCUGGAUGAGCGCCGAUUUCUUCGCCAUGGAGGUUCGUGCCAUGGGAACGAUGUAUAUGACCUGUGCCUGCUGGGGAUCGAAUCUGAUCAUCUCGUCUACAUUCUUGACGAUGAUGAAGAACAUCACACCCUCUGGUGCAUUUGGAUUCUACGCUGCACUGUGUGGUCUGGGUUGGAUUGCGAUCAUCUUUUGUUAUCCUGAAGUCUCUGGCCUGACGCUGGAAGAGAUUGGGGAGGUGUUUAGUCAUGGUUUUGGUGUUGCGUAUGCGAGGGAGUUGAGGAAGAAGCAUCGCAGUGCUAUUGAGAUGUAG